AUGUCCCCGUGCGAUCUUAUUAUGAAGCAACCUAAAGAGCGUACCCCCUCCGUCGAUCCAAGCUUGAAUGUAUUGUGUGACUUGAGUCAAGAAGUUUCAAGUAGAGGAUUAAGACGUGACAACAUCCAAAGUGAGAAAUCAUUUAACUGGAUGUUACCAACUUAUGUUACCACCACUGCGAUUGAGUCUAGUUCCCAAGCAAUGAGCUCCUACUUUGCUAAGACGGACUCGUCUAACAAGUAUCAAACCGAAGCUGCUGUGUACGCCGACGCAGCCACUGAGGAAGAGAUAUGUUUCCCUUGCAACAGAUUUGCCCAAUUGGAUUUGAAUGGUCGUCACGAUGACUAUGCACGUAAAGUCAGAAGGUGGGAGAAGCUGAAGAUUGGCACUGAGUUCCCUGCUUUGACAUUGUGUGAACGAUUUGGCAACACUGAUGAAUCGCUGCAAGAGAAAAAAUUGGGAGAACCACGCGACAACAUUAAUGCGAAUCAAGAGAAAGUGGUUGAUGAAAGAGGAUCCCACUUGGUUUGCCCUGUAACUGCCUGUGCUGUCCCUGAAGUCCCUGUUAGAAAUGGCCCAUGUGAAGCAAGUGUCACAGAAACCAAAGUCAAAUGGAAGGCAAAGUUGAGCCAAGAUUUGACAAAAGUUGGCAAUGCAUUGAAGUUGAAAGCCAAGGUUCAGGACAAUGGAGCAGUUGAAACGUCCGGAUUGGAUGACACUGGUAGUGGAGUGAAGAAAGUGCAAUCCAAGUUGAGCGGACAAGUGAAAUCGUUGUUCCAAAAGGACAGCAAGCCUGGAUCCAUUGGUUCUGCAAAUGAAGAACAAGGGCUGGUUGCAAAGAGUGAACCGAACCAGCUGAAACCCAAAUUGAAGGACCAUUGGAAUUCAUUGUUCAGCAAGAAAGGCAAGAAUGCCAAAUCCAUGGGUGCAGGAAAAGAGUGCAGCGAACUGGCUACGUUGAAGAGAGAGAUCGUGAAUGAUUCUGAAAAUGUGCCAAAUGCCACUCAUGUUGAUGAACCACCCCGUGUUUUGGAUUCCAAAGAUGCCAGUGCAGCUGCAUUUGAAAAUUGUGAGAGCAAGUAUGCUAUUGGUGCUGCCCUGGUUGGCAAUAAUGAGAAUGCUCCACUUGGAGUUGAAACAUUGCCACCAGUGUCAAAGUGUCUGAAUGUUGAACUUCAAUUGAAGGCAGUCCAAGAGGAACUUGAAUUGACAAAACAGGUACUGGAAUUGAACAUACAGGAAUUGGGAUUGACCAGGCAAGAGUUGGACAUGACGAAGCAGGAAUUGGACAUGACUAAGCAGGAAUUGGAAUUGAUGAGACGUGAAGUUGAAGCUGUUAACUCUAGAAGUGAAGUUUCUGGUCCCAUCAUUGAAGUUGUUGUUCUUGAUAUUGACGCUAUUGAUUCUGAAGUUGAAGCUUCCGGUCCUGAAUGUGAGCUUAUUUGUCUUGAAUGUGAGCUUGUCUGCUCUGAAUGUGAGCUUUUCUGCUCUGAAUGUGAGCUUUUCUGCUCUGAAUGUGAGCUUUUCUGUCCUGAAUGUGAACUUGCCUGUCUUGAAACCAAGGCUAUUGGUCUUGCAAAUGAAGCUCUUAGUCCUGAAAAUGUGGUUGCUGAUACCACGUCACAGAUUGCUGAGUUGACAACAGUUGCUCCUCCAUCAAAGCCUACUACCCCAGAAACUUCCAUUAGAGGUGAGAACCCUAAGUUAGUGAAAUUUUUGAUGAAAAUCAAUAGAGCAUCGAAGAAGACUGCACGUGCUAUUGAUACCGCAUUGGAUUCCGCUACGGCUGACUAUGAAGAUAUCUACCCCUCCGAUGUCACGAGCAAAAGCAGAUGUGAGAAUGAAACUGCAACUGCAGACGUGACAGAAGUUUGCAAGAAAGGCAAACACGAGGAUCAGAAUGAGAAAAAGCGCACUACAAUGACAUCAAACGAAAAACAGGCUGCUGUGACAGAGUCUGCACAUGACGAUGGUGUUGCUGUUGGUGAGCAUGAACCCUUGUCCAUUGAGGAAGAAGCGAUUAAAGCUGUCGAGGGAGCGCAACCGGUAUUGAGUCCCCAAUUUCCAUCUGGCGAUAAACCUUUCUUUGGUAUUGACCUAGCAAGCGACGAGACUGCUGUGCCGAAAAAGAGCAAAUUUUGCCGGAAACUUUGCGGAUAUUUGAAAACUGAAUCCAAGUUCAAUCACAAAGCCAAAAAAGCUCUGCAUGUGUCUUUUGAGGAAGAGCCAAGGGUAAAGCGCGAGACUCGUGGAACAACGGGUGAAGCUGCUUCUCUGGUGAGUCAGAUUGAGAGUGGCAAUGUUGUUCAAAUUGCUCGCCAUCCUGUUGAGGUUCCAGAAGCAUGUGGUGUUGAAGAGCCAGAGAUCAGUACCAGUGAAGAACCAGACGAUAGCAUCGCUGAAGCUGAAGAAGCGCAAACGGUUCUGGUUUACAGUACAGAUCAAUCAAGUGUUGAAGGAUCGUCUCCGGAUUCAAAGACUAGUGAAGAUGAAAGAGAAAACUCAAAUACGAAGAUUGAAAUUGAUGCAGGCGAUGAUGAUGUCGAUGAUUCAGAUAUUGAAAAUCUUGCUUCGUAUUGCCCUCCUUCAAGUGAUGGCAUAUUGGAAAUUGACCCAUUUACUGGUCAGUAUUUUGGACGGCGUGGAUUUUUGGAUGAUUAUUUCCAACCAAGGUCUUGUGAUUUGAGAAGGCCCUGGGGCGGAUAUUUUAGUUGGCUUAGGCGCUGGUUUCCUCAUGAAAGUAAAGAGCAUAGCAGCACGAAAAGAUUGUGCAAAACUGCUGCACCACCACUCAAGAAUGCUCCCAAAGCAGGUGCGUGGGCUUUCAGCUCUGAAAGAGGAUGGCAUCGUGUAACGGAUGACGAUGAAGUUGAAUAG